GCCCGAUCAAUACCGUUUCUCGGGUUUUAGUUCUUUUUUUCUUCUUCUCUUUUUCUUGCGCUUCUUCUUCUUCGUCUGUGAAGGGGGGAGUCCGCUGAACGGAAGCUGACGGGGGGAGAGAGAACAAAGGUUCCUCCAGACACUGUGGACAAAUUUGAAGUAUUUUCGAGGAAGCGAGAGACAGCUCUGGAGACCUGGAACAGGGCCUGCCUCAGACUACUGACGUCCUACGAGGUUUUGUUUUGUUGUUUGUUUGGGGUUGUUUUUGUUGUUGCACGUGUUGAUCAUGGAGGCCGUGGCCAAAUUCGACUUCACGGCGACAGCGGAUGAUGAGAUGAGUUUCAAACGUGGGACUAUCCUGAAAGUUUUGAAUGAAGAUUGUGACCAGAACUGGUAUAAAGCUGAACAGAACGGUAAGGAAGGCCUUGUCCCCAAGAACUACAUUGAAGUCAAACCACAUGGCUGGUUUCAUGGAAAAAUCCUGCGCACCAAGGCUGAAGAGUUGCUGAACCAACAGAGGGUAGAUGGGGCCUUCCUCAUCAGAGAGAGUGAGAGCACUCCAGGGGACUUCUCCCUCUCUGUCAAAUUUGGCAAUGAUGUCCAGCACUUCAAAAUCCUUCGUGACGGCUCAGGGAAGUACUUCCUGUGGGUGGUAAAGUUUAACUCUCUGAACGAGCUGGUAGAAUACCACCGCACCUCGUCAGUGUCCCGUAGCCAAACCAUCCUGCUCCGGGACAUGGAAGAAGUUCAUCUACAGCAGCAUUUGUAUGUCCAGGCACUGUUUGAUUUUGAGCCUCAGGAGCAAGGUGAGUUGGGCUUCAGGCGUGGAGAAAUCAUCCAAGUGCUGGACAACUCCCAUGCCAACUGGUGGAAAGGAGCGUGUCGUGGCCAGAUGGGUACCUUCCCACGCAACUAUGUAACGCCGGUAAACCACCAUGUGUAAUCUUGCUUGCUCAAGGCGGACAUGGAACAUGACUUGAUUGAGGGAAAAGAGGUGCGGGACCUUUUUUGUGUGUUUCACCUCAACGAUUCCAUGUGAAGAUGCUCGAAAGUACAGAAGAUAGGGUUGGAGUGCUGUGAUGAAGGUGUAUGAGCAGAGCACCAUCAGCGGGCCCUGCUAUCCUUAAAAUAAAGACAAAAGAAAUAAUGAGCCUACCUUACUCCACCAUAGACUGUUACUCAUGGCCACUGCUGCUUUGUAGCGCUCAGGCAGAUAGCACCUGUGAUGGUCAGCGGCGAAGAUGUCGAGAUCAAACUGUAGAUUAAAUUAUGCACUAUGCCGAUUUCUGUGUUUUGAUGCAGUCUUCAAUCAUCAAACCGCCACCUGUUUUAAUGAUCUGCUCAAAAAACAGAUCACUAAGAUUGUUGGUUGCUGAGACCAAAGACUUGUGUCUGAACAUCAGCACUGCUUUUUAAAUGCUGGAAAGAUUUGUGUGUGUGCAUUUUUUAUGACUUACUUGUAUCUUUAUACUGUGUCUGUUUGGAUACUGGACUGCUUUUUUUUCUGAUUUUAUUGUUAGCGGUUUAUCCUGUGUUGAUGUUACCCUCUAGCAAGAUGUGAGAUGAAAUGGAUUCAAUGUUGUUUCAAAAAGAAAAAAGUCACACCAGUUUUGCAUGUGAUAUAA